UAAGGAAGGGAGCAGGGGAGUGAUGGAGGGAUGUGGAGGAGGAGGCAGUUCGGGCCAUGUUUGGGAUGGAGAGAUGGAUGAAGGAGGAGGAUGGUUGAUAAAAUCAGUCUGAGGAGUCCACAGUCCCACUUGUGUCCUCCCCCCACGUCUCAGCAGGCCCUACACUGCCACGUGUGAGUCAGUGUCGUAGUGUUGCCCACCCACAGCGCCCCUUGCAGUCAUGUGUGAUGAAGAGGAGAGCACCGCUCUGGUGUGCGAUAAUGGCUCUGGACUCUGUAAGGCUGGGUUCGCUGGCGAUGACGCCCCCAGAGCUGUUUUCCCCUCCAUCGUGGGCCGUCCCAGGCACCAGGGAGUGAUGGUGGGUAUGGGGCAGAAGGACAGUUACGUUGGGGACGAGGCUCAAAGUAAAAGAGGAAUCCUGACCCUGAAGUACCCCAUCGAACACGGCAUCAUCACCAACUGGGAUGACAUGGAGAAGAUUUGGCAUCAUUCCUUCUACAACGAGCUGCGAGUGGCUCCAGAGGAACAUCCCACUUUGCUGACAGAGGCGCCGCUCAACCCCAAAGCCAACCGUGAGAAAAUGACACAGAUCAUGUUUGAAACCUUCAAUGUUCCCGCCAUGUAUGUGGCCAUCCAGGCCGUCCUGUCACUGUACGCCUCCGGACGAACCACCGGUAUCGUGUUGGACUCUGGUGACGGCGUCACCCACAACGUGCCGAUCUAUGAGGGCUACGCUCUGCCUCAUGCCAUCAUGAGGUUGGAUCUGGCGGGUCGUGACCUUACUGACUACCUCAUGAAGAUUUUGACCGAGCGAGGCUACAGCUUCGUCACCACCGCUGAGAGGGAAAUCGUUCGUGACAUCAAAGAGAAGUUGUGCUACGUGGCUUUGGACUUUGAGAAUGAGAUGGCCACCGCCGCCUCCUCAUCCUCUCUGGAGAAGAGCUACGAGCUGCCUGACGGACAGGUCAUCACCAUCGGCAACGAGAGGUUCCGUUGCCCCGAGACGCUCUUCCAGCCAUCCUUCAUCGGUAUGGAGUCAGCUGGCAUCCAUGAGACGACCUACAACAGCAUCAUGAAGUGUGACAUCGACAUCCGUAAGGACCUGUACGCCAACAACGUGCUCUCUGGCGGCACCACCAUGUACCCGGGCAUUGCAGACCGCAUGCAGAAGGAGAUCACCGCACUGGCACCCAGCACCAUGAAGAUAAAGAUUAUUGCCCCCCCUGAGAGGAAGUACUCUGUGUGGAUUGGCGGAUCCAUCCUGGCCUCCCUGUCCACCUUCCAGCAGAUGUGGAUCAGUAAGCAGGAGUACGACGAGGCCGGACCCAGUAUUGUCCAUCGCAAGUGCUUCUAGAAAGUUUGGUUCGGGUCUCAGCCUUCUUUCAAAUACCCUGCACGGUCUUAGCUUUAGCCCCAGCACAAGCUAAUGGGCCCAGGUCACAAAGACCCCCAACAUAAAGUAUUUGGUAUUAAAAAUGUUUUUUAAGACACAUUAAAAAUAGAAGUGAUGACAUCUUUAGUAUGUUUUGGGGGAUCUGAACCUUAAAUCUGAAUCUAAAACUGUGAACAUGGUGCUUCUCUACCUGUGGCUCCACCCCAUCCACCAUUUUGAUUGUUUCUUUUCAAAAUGUGUAUUUGAAUAUUGACAACCAAAGGUUGAAUGUGACCUUCAUGAUGUCAGAGCUGUUGAAGUAGAGAAUUAUGGGCACGUCAUGGUGCAUUUUCGCUUUGGAAACCUGUAAUGAAUAAUAAAUAAAAAGCUCUGAUACGACAA